AUGGCCGACAAGAUCCCUCCGGCCACGGCCACCACGGCUGCAGAAGAGCUCGGGACUGACGACCGAGGCCUCCAUUAUGCUCGUCGCGGCGAUGCGGUCGACCAGACGUCUUCGGUCGACAGCGACAUCCUGGGCUACGACGCGGACCGUAUGAAGGCGCGGGCCUUGCUGACCGUGGCGGAGGAGAAGAGGCUGAUGCGGCGUAUCGACUGGCAUCUGAUGCCGCUGUGUUCGCUCAUGUUCCUGUUCAAGAACAUUGACGCCAACAAUGCCUCCAACGCUCGCAUCAUGAACAAAGGGACCGACCAGAACAUCCUGACCCAACUCGGCAUGAGUUCGAAUGCGUAUAACUUCAUCGUCACCAUCUAUUAUAUUCCUUACAUUGUCGCCGAAGCCCCCUCGAACCUCUUCAUCAAGCGGGUGCUUCCAUCCAGAUGGCAGUCCCGAAUCAUGGUUACCUGGGGCAUCUGCUUGGCAUGCCAUGCUGCCGUGACAAACAAGCACGGCCUGUACGCCGCGCGGUUCUUCUUGGGCUUGUGCGAAGCGGGUAUGUUUCCAGGCGUUAUAUUACAGAUGUGUUACUGGUACCGGCCGGACGAGAUGUCGAUUCGACUGCUCUACUUUUACGCACUGGGAAACUUCUCCAACAUCAUCAGCGGUGUGCUCGCUUAUGCCUUUGACACCAUCUCUGGCCGCGGUGGUCUCUCCGGUUGGCAAUGGAUCUUCUUAGUAGAGGGCAUCGUCACCAUCGUUUUCGGAGCGGCUUUGUGGUUCAUCCUUCCAGAUUUCCCGAACCAAGCGAAAUGGCUCACGGACAAGGAAAAGGCCUUCAUCCAAGCUCGGCUGCCUGCCAAUGCGCCUCGUGCCGAAGAGCUGAAUUUCAACAUCCGCGAAGUGUUGUCGGCUCUCAAAGACAAGCGAAUGUGGCUGUUUACUAUGGUCUGGGCUACCAUGACCGUCGGCACCACAGGGUUGAGUUUCUACCAGCCGACGGUGAUUGCGAACCUGGGAUUCACAUCCAUCGCAAGAAGCCAGCUACUCAACAUCCCCACCGCAGUGCUCACCAUAAUCAUCAUCGCCAUCUCGGGCUUCUUCGCCGACAGCGCCUGGCUCCCACGGCCGGUACUCCCGCUCAGCAUCUUGGUGGUCAUCAUGGCCUGCUACAGCGUGCUCUACACCUUCCCCAACACGGGCGGCGUGUACACGGCCACGGUGCUCGCCAACGCCGUCUCGUCGUCGUGGUAUCCGCUGAUGUGGCCGUGGCGGGUGCAGACCACCUCGCGCGCCACGGGCUCCGCCUUCGCCAUCGGCUUCGUCAACAGCUACGGCCAGAUCGGCGGAGCGGUCGGCGCCCAGAUCUUCCAGUCCAAGUAUGCGCCGCAUUAUACCGUGUCGUUCGCCAUCGCCAUGGCCAUGGUCGGCGCCUGUAUUUUGGUGACUUGCCUCACCUGGUGGGUCACGCGCGACACCGAGCGGCGCACCAGAGAGAUCAAAAAGGCCAGGAUGGCGGCUGCCAAGCGUGGCGAAUCGGUUCUGGAUGAUGUCGAUCCAGAUGUGGAUUUGUGGAAGACCAGAGCCGUCGACGACAAGGAAAAGGGAAAUGGAAAAAGUGCCGGUGCUGGUACUGUCCAUGUGUCGGAGGCCGCUUGA